AUGGCUGCACAACGUGUUGAAAUUGCUACAUUAAGAACAAUGACAGCACAAGAACGCGCUGAUACUAGCGUUGAAGCUGCUGAUCGAGCAAGGGAUGAUGGAGACACUGCCCGUAUUUAUGCUGCACAGUUUGAUCCUUGUUUUAAACAGCCCGGCGUAGAAUUAUUACGUGCUAGAGCAGCAAUGCAAAGGUCGGGAACUCCUGGACAAUCUGCCGCCAUUCCAAUGCUUACACCGGUUUCUGUUCCUGUUCAACUGUGCACAAUUACAUUCUACUCUGAAACUCCUGAAUCCACUAUUGUUGUUAAAGGUCAAAGAGAUCAAGCAGAGAAAGACUUGAAAAAACUUCGUGAGAGUGAAGAUGUCCAAGCUGAAAUUGACUUAAUUUCUGGAGAGGCUUCAAAAGCUUAUACUGGAGCUCCUUCCUCUAAGAAAGACAUUUAUGGUACCAAACUUCCAUGGCCCUUGGUACUUGUUUUGUUUAUGAUGAUUUCUCAGCAAUUGAGUGGAAUUAACGUUGUCAAUUGCUAUGUAUUUUUAAGGGAACCGGUCUCAAGAACAAUGGCUUAUGCAACAAUUGCAAUGGUUGCUAUAAAUGUUUUAAUGACUGCUGUGUCUGUUUAUUUGGUUGAACAUCUCCGCUUUGGACGUGGAACUCUUAACAUUAACUGAAUGUUCGGAAUGUUUUUCUCAACAGCAAUGAUUGCUAUUUCUAUGCUUGUUGCUAAGCUCCACAACGGUUUGAAAUUGCUACAACAAGAACAACGACAAAACAAGGAUUUAUUUUGGCAGCUGGUUCUACUCCCUUAACACCUCGUUAAAGAAGGUGCUUAAAAUGAUAAAAACAAAAUUUUACAUUAUUUAAUUUUUUAUUUGAUUUUUGUCAUUGGUGAGCGCAAGGAUCUUUGCGUUUUUCUGUCUUGCAUUAAUUUUAGCUUUAUUGCGUUUUAAUAAAAAAUGUCUCUUGCGCUCAUCCGAGUGUUACAUUCCAAACUUUUUC